UGCAACUUCAUCACAUUUCCAUGGAGCUUCUUCUCUUUCCAAGGUACUUCUUGCUCAUCUCUUCUCUCCUCGUACUCUGUUCUCUUCCUUUAUCACAAUCAGGCGACGCAGAAGCACUCUUAGCUCUGAAAUCCUCCAUUGAUCCUUCAAACUCUCUUCCAUGGCCACAAGGAUCCGAUUUCUGCCAAUGGCAAGGAAUCAGAGAAUGCAUAAGAGGAAGGGUAACAAAACUCGUUGCAGAACACUUCAACCUAAGUGGAACCUUGGACGAGAAGAGCUUAAACGAGCUCGAUCAGCUCCGUGUGUUGAGCUUCAAGGCAAACUCGAUCUCUGGCGAAAUCCGUAACAUCUCUGGCCUCACCAAUCUCAAGUCACUCUUUCUCAACGACAAUCAGUUCUCCGGCGGUUUCCCAAGCUCCAUUACAGAUCUUCACCGCUUAAAAGUUAUUGUCUUGUCGGGAAACCAAAUCUCCGGUGAGAUUCCGUCAUCUCUGUUUAAACUCCAGCGACUCUACAUUCUUUACUUACAAGACAAUCGAUUCACCGGACAAAUCCCUCCUCUGAAUCAAACUAGUCUCAGAUUCUUCAAUGUGUCCACUAAUAAACUCUCUGGUGAAAUACCCAUAACCGCUGCACUCAUACGAUUCAACUCCUCAUCUUUCUCCAAUAACCUCAAUCUCUGCGGUAAACAGUUAGGGAAUCCUUGCAGUAGCCCCAAUUCUCAGAUCACAGUCCCCCCUGCUUCUUCUUCUUCUUCUUCAUCAAAACAUAGUCGAAGAGUGCAGCUGAUCAAGAUCAUAGCAGGAACCAUUGGUGGGUUUGUACUUUUAUUGAUUACUUUGUGUUUAUUAUGGGUUGCUUGCAAGAAUUGCAGAAGGAGAAGAAAAGCAGGAGAUUUCAUGAGCAAAGAAGUAGGUAUUGAAGGAAAUGUGGCAGGUGGAGGAGGAGAGGGCUCUGGUGCUGCUCCCAAUGGCAGAGACGGUAAUAAUGGACUAAAACAAGGGGGUUUUUCGUGGGAGGGAGAGGGACUAGGGAGUUUGGUGUUCCUGGGAGCAGCGGAUCAGCACAUGACAUAUGCAUUAGAGGAUCUGCUGAAGGCUUCAGCGGAGACGCUUGGUAGGGGUACUAUAGGAAGUACAUAUAAGGCUGUGAUGCAAUCUGGGUUCAUUGUGACGGUGAAGAGGUUGAAGGAUUCCAAGUACCCGAGGCUGGAAGAGUUCCGGCGACAGAUGGACGUGCUGGGACUGCUCCGGCAUCCUAACCUGGUCCCACUUAGGGCUUAUUUUCAGGCUAAGGAAGAGCGUCUGCUGGUGUACGAUUACUUCCCCAAUGGCAGCUUGUUCUCCCUCAUACACGGUACAAGAGGAUCAAGUGGUGGGAAGCCUCUUCACUGGACAUCAUGCCUCAAAAUAGCAGAGGAUUUGGCAGCAGGGUUGGUUUACCUCCACCAGACUCUUGGCAUCACACAUGGAAACUUAAAAUCCUCCAAUGUGUUAUUAGGAUCAGACUUUGAAUCCUGCCUCACUGACUAUGGACUCAUGUCAUUUAGAGAUCCUGAAUCAGUUGAAGAGACAAGUGUUUCAUCUCUCUUCUACAGAGCUCCUGAAUGCAGAGAUCCAUGGAAACCUUUUACUCAACAAUCUGAUGCUUACAGCUUUGGUGUUCUCCUACUGGAGCUCCUAACAGGAAAAACUCCAUUUCUAGACCUUGUCCAGGAACAUGGGGCUGACAUUCCUAGGUGGGUUCGUUCAGUCAGAGAAGAAGAGAUGGAAUCUGGGGAUGACCCAUCUUCUGGUAAUGAGACAGCAGAAGAGAAACUUGGAGCUCUCUUAAACAUUGCAAUGGCUUGUGUGUCUCUAGCUCCUGAGAGCCGUCCAGUGAUGAGUGAGGUGUUAAGAAUGAUAAGGGAUGCAAGGGUUGAGGCUCAGGUAUCUUCAAAUAGUAGUGAUCACUCUCCAGGGAGGUGGUCAGAUACAGUUCAGAGCUUGCCAAGGGAAGAACACUUGGGCAUAUGAAGGAUUUUAUGGAUUGUCAGGGCUGAGGUUCAUGUCUAAGGUUUUUUUUUUUUCUCUUUUGCUUUUGGAUUUAUAAUUUUUCAAGAAGCCAUUGUAGAUUGUGAUGGUGUAAAGGUUUUAGGUAGUUU